AUGUCUGGGUUUCCUGGUGCCGGUUAUGCGGGAGGAUACGCUCCUCCGCCGCAACAGCAGUAUGCUGGCUACUACCCUCCCCAGAGCUACGGUUACCAGCAGGCCCCUCCGCCGCAGGGCCAAUAUGGCUACCAACAACCUCCGCUAGGCCAACAAUAUGGCUAUCAGCAGCCGCCUCCACAAGGCUAUCACCAAACCCCACCGCAACAGCAACCACCGCAACAACAACCACAAUACGGACGACCGAACAUGCCGACCGUAAACUCCAACUCUUACGUUCACGGGAACCACGGUGCCCCUCCUCCGCCACCCCAAGCUCCUCAGCACUUUGGAUAUGGUGCUCCGCAAGGCUAUGCUUUCCAGUACUCACAAUGUACAGGGAAAAGGAAAGCUCUACUGAUCGGGAUCAACUACUUCUCGCAACGCGGCCAGCUUCGUGGGUGUAUCAACGACGUUAGGAACAUGUCCUCGUAUCUGGUGGAAAGAUUUGGCUACAAGCGAGAGGAUAUGGUCAUUCUUACGGACGACCAGCAGAACCCCAUGAGUCAACCGACCAAACAGAACAUCUUGAGGGCUAUGCAUUGGCUCGUCAAGGAUGCUCGCCCUAACGACUCUCUUUUCUUCCACUACUCUGGUCACGGUGGUCAGACGAAGGAUCUUGAUGGUGACGAGGAGGACGGAUAUGACGAGGUCAUCUACCCGGUCGACUUCCGGCAAGUCGGGCACAUCACGGAUGACGAGAUGCACAGAAUCAUGGUGCGCCCACUACAAGCAGGCGUUCGCUUGACGGCCAUCUUCGACUCGUGCCAUUCCGGAACCGCGCUCGAUCUUCCCUACAUCUACUCCACCCAGGGUAUCCUCAAGGAGCCCAACCUUGCCAAGGAGGCCGGCCAAGGUCUUCUCGGUGUUAUUUCCGCCUACAGCCAGGGCGAUCUCAGUGGUGUUGCCAGCAAUAUCAUGGGCUUCUUUAAGAAGGCCAGCAAUGGCGAAGAUGCCCAUGCCCGUACCCUCGCGACGAAGACCUCGCGUGCCGAUGUUGUCAUGUUGUCCGGAAGCAAAGACGACCAGACUUCUGCCGAUGCCACGAUUGCUUCUCAAGCAACUGGAGCCAUGUCCUGGGCCUUUAUCAACUCGCUCAAAAAGAACCCCCAGCAGAGCUAUGUGCAGCUCCUCAACAGCAUCCGCGACGAGCUACAGACGCGUUACACCCAAAAGCCGCAGCUCUCGUGCAGUCACCCUCUUGGUGAGAUCGCGCCCUACCUUGUGACCACGUUCAAAGCGCGUCCGGAUUGAAGAGAACAAAGUUUUUACUAACAAAAAGGGGAUGUGUUUGGGGGAGUUUAACAGAUACGAACUUGCUCUUUGUCAUGUGAGGGCGUUCCUACUAAGAUAAUAAUCACUUGGCAUGAAAUUGUAUAUACGAUUGAGGGUUUUUCUUGUAUCCCCUUUUGGAUGUCACACAAAAGAAAAAAUCUACUGGUGGAUUUUUUGGUAGGGAGAAAUCGAAGAAUCUUUUGAGUAUUUGGGAUUGUUUUUGAUGUAUGUCAUGGCUUUUAUUGUAGGAUAGGGAUGCAGGAUUUAUGUGAGGGUUGGUGAUUUGUUCAGAGGAAAAAUGAUAAAAAUGAUGAUAUGAAUUUUGGUUCUUUCUUUCAUUUUGGCUGAGGAGCAAAAAGGGUCGCUCGCUAAUUGCUACAAGUCUCCUGGGGGUACAUGUAUAUAUGUCUCUCACUUUCUAAUGUCUGUUGUCUCUUAUUUCUUGCCACUUUGACGGUCAAGCAACAAAUGUUGGGUUCUCUUGCUUGAUCUUGGGGUUUUGACGAUGUUGAUGACUUAUGAAAUCCUUUUCACCCUUU